AUGGCGGGCAUCUCAGUUGAAGCGUGCAGCGAACGCUCCGUGCAAACGUCGACAGCGUCGCCGUCACCUACGGCCAGCCAAUCUCAAGCCUCUGAUCUUCAGAGCCCAGUAUUCUCGGUCAACGAAUCCUCACUGUCGUCACUGUCUUCUCUGGGUUUCUCGACUUCACACGACAUCUCGGCGCUAGCUAGUUCUUCUCCGUCGGCCUUGUUACAGGUUCAACGCACCAUGAAGCCGCCCCCGCUGGGUCGUAAUCUACCCUCUCAGGGAUCCAUCGAAAAAUCUCGUAAUGUCUCUUUGCCAGAAACGGACGCCAUCUGUGCCGCCAAAGCUGAGCUCCGAGCCAACACCCUGCGUAUCGUGUCUAUGCCUGAACAGCGCCACCUCAUGGACACCAGCACUUCCACAGAUUCUCAGGACGCAUCCCUCUGUAGCGUAGAAUCUUAUCUCUCUUUAGAUGGAGAUAGGUCAGAGCAUGACGGGGGAUUAUCCGAUGCCUUCUUGCGCCCACAACCCAUCAAAGAGUUACCCAAGCCGGAUUCCACCCCUGUGCUCAAAGCUGAUGAGGACGGAUGGAUCUCCUGGGCAAGUUCCCCGCCCCGUCCUAUCCCCGCUCUUCAUGGCCCACUUUCUUUGCCUUACGCUCGCUGCCCCUCCGGUGCUGAAGGUACUAUCAUCGAGGAACCGGAUAGUCUUCCCCGUAUGAUAUGGGGCCUCGGCCAUGACGGUAACCCCCCGAUCGACCGCUCGAAGAGUAUGCAACCCACGCAUUCGCAACGAAAAACUUCGCAUACCGCUCAGCAAAGCUUGACUUCUAAACCCGUCCAGUCGGCAUAUCACAAGCCUGCCGACAACCAGAGACGAUCUCAGCCUACGGAACCCGUGCAUCGUUCACCUUUACUCCCUCGCAAUGAGACCAACGCCCACAUUCGCGGUCUCUUUCCUCCGGAACAAGUCUCGAAUCUUCCUUACCCUUGUGGCGAUGAUGCGAUCAUUCUCGAGAAUCUUUUACAAGACUAUCACGGCAAAUCUUGGGAGGCAGGAUCCGAUUACAAAGAUCUUCCGGGUACUGGCGCGCAAGCGCCCUUGUACCUACAGAGUCUCCUCCCCACGCCCCCCGUCGACACCCACCCUUCAAUCCUUCACGGCUUCGGGUUCACCUCGCCUAACAAUCUAGGUCCCAUGCUAGCGAAAGGUCCUGGCUCUUCGAUGAAGCUUUCUUCUCGACCCGCUGCUGGAUCCCCUCUUCCUCAGAUAUUUAUCGAGCCUCGCUCCUCCGCUCCUCGUCAACGUCUAUCUGCCAUGGAAAUCGCACAACAGUAUCAUCGCCAGCAGUUACAGAAACAGAGCAACAUGUUACCUACACCGCCUAGCUCUUCUUCUCCACUCUGGUCUUCUGCAUUCUCCCCCUACCAGGAAUCUAUGUCUUCUCCUACCAACUGGACUAGCCCUCAGUUCACCGAGCAGGCUCUUGAAGGCAUACGUAAUCGGACUAUGGGCGUUACUGAUGCGAAUCAGGAACUUCGUCGUCAGGUCUACGAACAGCUUCAUGGCACGAACUCAUCCGACGCCCUCGCUCCCUCGAUUCAGAUCGGUUCUCACUCUAGAGCUCAGACUCACAAAUCUUCCGAGGCGUCGUCGAACACCUCUCCAGCUGAAACACUCAGGGACCUCUUGGCUAGGCGUGAUGCCCUUCUCGCUUCCGUUACCGCUUCUCCUCCCCGACCCCGGCCUCCUCCCAAUACGCCUCGCGGUUCCAUCAGUGCCAGAGGCCAGGCCACUCGUCCAGGGCAGCCGUACUUUGCUCGUCCUCCUUCGUCGCCCGCCUCUCCGGAGGCACGCAGUCGCAGCCUCUCUGCACAGCAACCUCGCUCUAUUCCUCUCGCCCGACUGAUUCAACGUCGUCUUUCUGCCGUCCCUGAAGAAGAGUCUGUCUCCGCUCUGCCUGGUUUCUUGCCUUCUCACGACGAGACCACGAUCAGGACUAGACACAACUCGGUCGAUAGCCCCGGAAAAGGCCACGUCCCUUUACAGUAUACGCACCCCAACUCGACCGCAGGACGUAGGACACCCAGUCCUAUGCACGCCGGUCUCGCCAUCCAGAGUGGCACGGUGGCACCAGCUCUCGGCUUGCACCUUGGGCCUGCCAUCCAACCCGGGUCAGCCAAAGUUAGGCUGCCCUCCGCUCCGUUGCAGACGAGAAAUCGUCCCGAUGUCGCCCCCGCGAGUCGUAACAAGAUAAGCGGCGGCGGCGGUGGGAGAGAGAAGGAGGAUCGCGGGAGGGAAGAUCGGCCUGAAGGGACGGCCAAUGAGCGAGCUAGUGGUGCGGCUAGGAAGAAGGUGAGGGGUAAAUCCCGCAAGACGCAGCAGGGUCCCAUUACUCCCGUCGUUAGAACGUGA